AUGCAGGCGAUCUCUUCCAUCGGCCACAGCUCGAAAAAGAAGAAACGCCAUGAACAUAAACUUUUGGCGCUUCGCGCGGGUUUCUUGGAUCUGCGAUGGCCCCCCCAGCGGCGCCUUUGGCGCCGCCCCUGGCGCGCUCCGCGCGCCAGGGAGGGGGUCUGGCGCAGAUCCAAGAAAUCCGCGCGGAGCGCCAAAAAUCUAUGUUCAUGGCGUUUUUUCUUCUUCUGGAUCUCCUCCAUCGCCCACGGCAUCUCUGCAGCAGGGAGCCUCGGCCCGACAAGCACGGGCAGCGAUGCGCUUCUCGACUACUCCGCCCUGAAAGAGAGCCUGCGGACCCGCGGGCACGUGCGCGUGCCCCUCGGCGCGGGCGCCUCGCCCGAGGUGGCCGAGCGCAUCGCCCGGGCGCUGACCCACUGCGAGGCCGGCGGUGGCCAGUACAACGCGGGCGGCGGCGUGCACCGCGGGAGCCUGGAGGGCUCCGCCUUCCUCGACGCGGCCGAGGGCGCGCCCGCGAGCCUGCGGAUCCAGCCGCACAACGAGAUGGCGUACAGCAGCCGGUUCCCCGAGUGCGUGUCAUUCUUCAUGAUGCAGUCCCGGGUCCUCAGCGGGGGGCUCACCGAGUUGUACGACAACCUGAAGCUGACGCGGCGGCUGGCCGAGACCGCGGAGGGGGCCCUGGUCCUGGCCAAGAUGACCGCACUGGGCAUCCAGUACGUCCGGCUCCUGCACGACGAAGCGGACAGGAAGCGCCCCGGCUUCUACGCGUCCUGGGAGACGUCUUUCUCGGUAGAUGAUUUCGACGAAGCCCUGAGAAAGGCCAACUCGUCCAAGGAUUCGUUCGCGCUCGCCUGCGACGAUGCGUGCUGCGAGAAAUACGUCUCGUUGGGCAUGCCAGCGCCACGGAUGCAGGUCGUGACGUGGGCGCCUUCCAUGGUGACCCACCCCAACCUUGGGGAGAUCGUGUUCACGUCUGUGUUGAACCGUCACGCGUCGUGGCUUGAUGGGCACGAGGUAUUCGACCGUCUUCCCUACACCGCGCGGCCCUACCACUGCAGGUGGGGCGACGGCGCCGAGCUCACGAAGAGGGAAGUGGACGUGAUCCGUUCGGCAUACGACGACUGCAAGAUGCAGCUGAAACUGCAGAGCGGUGAUCUGAUCGUGCUCGACAACUUAUACGUGUCGCACGGCAGGGCACCGUUCGUGCCUGGGCCAGAGAGGCGUCUCAUGGGCUUGCUGAUCGGCAACAUGAUGGAGCGGGAGGAGUCCAGGAGCAUGCCGCCGCCAGAGUACGUCAUCGCGAAGGAGCAUGCUCAAGGUAUCGCCUCGCGUCCCGACAUCAUUGUUGCCAGUUGA